ACCCACGGCCAGGGGCGCUACUGCCGCCGGACGGCGUUCUGCCACCGCCGUGACUCCCUCGGCCGGAUGCAGUGCCGCGACAUCCACGGCCCUUCCCGGGCGGAUAACCAUGCAAUUGAUAGCACUGAUCCACGGAAUGGCCGUCUUUUCCACAAUGUGUGCACGAAUAAUGGGGGGGUCUCCACGACCCAAGGUAGGAGCGGGACGCUGCAUGGCAAAGGCGAGAGCGUCCGUACGGUCAUCUCGGCCACGGACAAUGCUCUUAUGCCGUUCCUCUUGAACGAUGAGUGCAUAAGCCCGGUGUAUGUCCGGAACAG